AUGUCGUCACUCCUCUCAUCUGGCUACGCCCCUUUUCUCGAUUCCGUCACUCUCCAACAACAAACCCCGGAAAAACAUACCCCGAACUCCAGCACAGGGGGUAACCUCCAUCUCCCCCCCCCCCCUGAACACGAACAAUCCAAGAAACAACGUCCCUCCGACCGCUGGAAAUCCUACGAUGACUGGAAAGACAACGGCCCAAUGCGCAAUCAUCUUGAGCGCUUCAUGUCCUCCAUAAACAAAGAUGGCCUGAAAUCCCACGUUGAACAACUGCUGCACUCACCCGUCAGGCUCUCCGACCGCUUUCCCGCCGGGCAGCACUGGUGCUGCUUCGAGUUUUCUACAUCUGACGAGCGACGCUCUGUUAUUGCCCGCGUGCGCCUGCCCAAACAUCCAGGUUGGAGGCAGAAGACAGACCAUUGCCAGUGA